AUGUAUGUACCUAAGAAUGAAAGGAGUCUGGCACUCAGAAUCACUGAAGGUUCUGAUCUGGAUGAUGACGAAAUGGCUAUGAUCAUCGAGGACUUCAAAAAGUACCUGAGGAGAGGAAAGGGUCCUUCAAGAAGUGGAAGCUAUAGUAAGUCAAAAGUUCUUGAGAAGCAAACCAAUGAUGGAUGCUACAAGUUUGGAAAGACUGAUCACCACAUCAAGAACUGUCCUCAAUGGAAAAAAAGGUUAUCUAAGUUACUUCUAGAACUAAUUGAUGAAUCUGAGGAUGUAAACAAUGAAAAAGAACAAUUGUCUAAAGAAUGUGUAAUUUUGAAGGCUAAGUGCAAAAACCUGAAACUUACGGCUAGUGAGACUGUAAGUGAAAAUACUGUAUUGAAGNAACUAAUUGAUGAAUCUGAGGAUGUAAACAAUGAAAAAGAACAAUUGUCUAAAGAAUGUGUAAUUUUGAAGGCUAAGUGCAAAAACCUGAAACUUACGGCUAGUGAGACUGAAGAAGUGUUUGUUAAGCAACCUUCGGGCUUUGAAAGCAAGGAAUGUCCUGAUCAUGUGUACGAGCUUGACAGAGCACUUUAUGGGCUAAAGCAAGCUCCAAGAGCAUG